AUGAGGACAACAACCGCGCUUGCUGCGCGUAUGAGCAAGCUACUCGCGAACCUUCACCCACCUAGUCCGCUCACUGCACAAGAGGGUCAGCGCCUGCUCAACGUGCUUCAGACCUCUUUCAAGAAGGAAUUGGACGCUCAUCACCCAAAUCCACGACAAUUCGUACAAGAAGACCAUGCUAUACCUACUGGCAACCUGAGCACUUCAUCGUACGCCACUUCCGCCCAUUUCGGCUCUAUACUGUCACAUUCGAUCCUUGGUAACCUCGAGGGCUUACAGACCAAGCAAGAUGCGCUCAGAAAGUUCGACCAACUGGUUGCCGAAUCUCGGAUCGAUACUGCCAGAUUGACAAGUCUCAUGAAAUGGUAUAAUCAAGCAGUCCAAGGUGAUGGUGGUGUUGUAUCCAGCGAACGUCUUGGAGAUAAGCUGAAUACCUGGUUGCUUUCCACGAACCACACCGCUAGAGAGCAGUUCUUUCUGGACGGGCACAGUCUCGGCAUUGCUAUUGCUAUGCUCAACCACGAGAAAAACGAAUCAAUACUAUGGAAUUGGCUUAGAACCGUCUACGAAAGGCAAACAAUCGAUGCCAGCCUGCAAUCUAAACAAUGGCUUCAUGUCGAGGAUAUUUUGGUCUCUGCCUUGAUGCGCCUGGCAAUCUCUCACAACGACCUCAACGAAGCUACUGCACAAUUCAAUCAAGCUUGUGCAUAUCGACUCAGCUCAGGACGUGCUGAUCCACGACUCCAAUCAAACUCUUCUGCGGAGCAUAAUGUACCUAUGAUAUCUGCUGGCAGACGGCUGGCUUCUGCUAUCAUCUACCAUCGCCUCAACCACGGUAUUGAUGUGGAUCUUUUCUCGACUGCACUCGAAUGCCUUCCUUCCUGGUUGAUUGAUCCCGCCACAAGCAAGGCCUUCUGCACGCUGUACCAUCCAUCACAGCCAUCUGCAAAACCACUCUACCGACACCUUAAAACCGAAUCACAAGCCGCUCUCCUCGUUCAACGGCAAGAGAAAGCAAGUCCUACCUCUCGCAAAACAGUCAUGACCGCUCUUCUAGAUGCUUCAAAACUACAACUUGAGCAGGGCAAGAGAGCACAGGCUUCUUUCUUACUUGAUUUUGCCAUCGACCACUAUCCCGACUUCUUGCCUCCUCGCGAGAAGAAGGAAGUUGAGCCUCAACUUGAACUUUCCUUUACCUUCGCUCCUGGGUGA